GCCAAUGUUGACAAGCCAUGGGCAUGAGAGCCAUGCAGUGCUGAUGAUUCGAGACAAUGAAACGACUACGGUGUCGCCAGAAAGCUCGUCCACAAUGGCAGCCGCGGCAAAUGUUACCGGCGAAGAUUUGCAGAGUGUCACUGCCGAGGCUGCGAUUGGUGCGCCGUCUCCUGCAGAAAAGAACGAUACGAUGCACGUCGCAUCGCAUAGUUCGACCUGUCUAGGCUUCACUUGCAACUCGGGCGACAUGUGCGUUGACCACUCCGGCGUUUGUGACGGCAUUUACGACUGCAAAGACGCCAGUGAUGAAAUCAACUGUGUCCAACUAAGAGAUGCGGUUGUUCACGGGAGGAAAGGAGUUAGUUGGAUGCCCGCCUGUGGCGACACCUGGGACGACGCACUCAGCGACAGCGUCUGUCAUGAAAUGGGCUUCGAAAAAGCUUCCGAGACCAGUAUCAUAGCACUUGAGUCGCCAUAUGCGAUGUCUCUACGUCAUAGCAACAAGUCACGUGGACAAGAGAACGUAAUGCAGUUCCUUGCGCUCAGCAAUGAAACGUGCAAUACAAAGGUUACAAUGAAGUGUCAUCGUUACCAGUGCGGGCACUGGAACGCGACGCUAGUGGCCUCUUCCGGCAAUUUCUCCGAGUCCGGUAUAACGGAUGCUGGUCAUUCCGGACACUGGCCAUCCAUCGGUGUCCUGUCCUCAAAGGACCGACACUGCCCUGCUCACCUGAUUUCAAAUCGCUGGCUCCUGGCUUCCGCGCCCUGCUUGAACGAAAGUGACGCUGGCUCCUGGACGUUCCGGUUCCUGCUGUCGCACAAUGCAUCAUCCACACCGCAUUACUCCGUCAGCGUCAUUCUGUUCAACCACGGACUGAACAUGUCUCGGCAACCGGACGUGGCACUAGUCCGCCUGAAUCGCACCGUACAGGUCUCCGACCAGGCCGCUCCCAUAUGCCUUCCAGAUAAGAAAGCAAAGCCGAAGAGCUGCGUAAUCGCUGGAAUGGUAACAUCCACAGCAGAUCAUGCACAUCAGCUGGUCGUUACACCUGUCCUCGUCAUGACGACUUCACAUUGUCACAUCGACCACGCUGAACAUGAUGGCAACACACUAUGCAUACAGGGAUUGAACCAUACAACGCCUCUAUGUCAGCACACCACAACGGUAGCCCUAAUGUGCACCAGUCAUCACAGCCAAUGGGAGCUGCGCGGCUGGGUCCCGCAGCCGACGAUGCAGAGGCUAUGCUCGGAACGAGGCGACGGCAAUGCCACGGCGGCGCUGCACGCGUUGGAUGGCGGCAGCAUCCUACACGCGAAGCACUGGGUCCUCGAUGUCGUCGGUCACGGCCUGGCAGUCAACUGAUGAGGAUCAUUAUCAACAAGUGCAAUCGCGUACGUCUCGGUGACGUCGUCGUUGCGUACGCAUCAUCCGCUUCUUAGAUACACCUCCCGACCGCGCACGAGAGGAACACUGUGAUACAACAAAAUAUGGGACACCGUUCUCCAGUACUCCCUUCCUUCCUCCUCCUCAUUUUUUCCCCUUCCCAGUCUGUGCGCGUGGACACUAUAAAUUUCAACCGCCGUGCCAGCGUUACAAGACGUGCAUCGGAGAAAAAAUAAAAAAAAAAUUGCGAGUCAAAGUGACGAGCUUCAAACGCCGCAGCGUAAUACAACACACAAGAGGAGCCAUGAACACAGAAAGGACGACGAGACGCAGUUGCCAAGCAGGGGGUCCAACGGAAGCCAACAAAAUGUGCUCGUGCCACUGUGGUGUGUGCGUGUGUGUGUGUUUGUGGUCUAGCGGGGCGACGAACGUAUUAGCUGCGUCAUUUGUGUUAUGUAAUAAGGUGCGCGCGGGAUUCUAUAUAGGUGCAGUAAAGGCUGCUUGCGUGCAUUUUGACGACACAAGUGCGCAUGCGCGCAGUGUGUGCCUCUAGGACGGAACAAAAGGCGUCAGCGAACGGGACUGUGUUUGUACAUUGCUUCUGUAUUUGACUGUCACAUUUUCUCCGUGGUUCUGAUUUCUAGCCCUGUAUAUUUCUUUUCUCGAGCUUCACCGGGUGCCAAUGUCUACUCCAGCGGAGUCUGUGUGGUUGGUCGUGCUUAUAUGUUAAUAGGUCACAGUAGAGAACAAGCAUUACGCUUGUAUGCGCCACCGUAGCGAUGUACUCUAUUUCGAUGGCGAGCGUGCUGUAUUCACUUGUGACUUCUCUUUCGGCUGUCCCAUGUAUGGUCUUCCAAGCGGGAAACUUGGCCCUUCUGAAGGGGUGCCCCACGUUUCUGUUUGGUCUUUUUUUUUUCCUAGUUUAAACAAUCGCCACACCUAUUUUUUCCAUUUCUUGUGGUAUUUUUCUUACGUGUUUUUUUUUUUUCGUUGCGAUUGUGACCACUUUUUUUUUGUUAUUGGUCAGUCAUGCAAAGUGCGCGUGUUUAUUUCAGUGCACGCAUCUCUGUGUCUGUGAGUGCUUAAUGUUUAUAAUUGCUCAGUAGUUGUGUGAAUAGUUGACACGCUUUGCUGGACUUCAAGUGCGAAACGUGAGUGAAACCAAGGACUGUAACUUUUUUAUUUUAGCUUUUUUUUCCACGUGUGUACGUGCUAGAACAGAAGAGGAAGUGUGUUUAGAUUUCUUUUUAUUGCUGCACAUGAUGUAGUGUGUUUAAGAAGAAUGCCGCAUGCGGUGCAUGUCUUGGCUGCUGUCCUUCGAGAAAACGCAUUUUUUGUAACAUACAUAUAUAAAAGCCCAUUUUCUCCACAGCUUUGUUUCGCAAACUUCGGCUCGCCUAUUAUAUGCGUGCUCAUUUUUCGAGAAGCGUGACUUGUUCUGAAGCAAAUGAAAAAUUCUAGGCCCGCAUACAUAUGUCGUUAUAGUUCUGAACUAAUCUCUUCUGAGGUAUACUGGCGGAAACACAUCUUUCCAGUGCAUUCUAGGCAACACAGAAGAAUAUAUUGAAAAUCACUUGCAAAUAAACAACGUCAGGUCAAAAUCGGGAUCGCCACAGCGCGAGGACGGGUGUAGUGUAACCUUCAGAAGUGGUGCGGUCGAUCGCAGCAACCAGGCACCUUCCAUUAAGGACGUGUGACCCUUCGAGGUGACGUCAUUUACGCUAACCUAGGCUUGUACACUCUCCACCAUUAGGAAGGAGGCUGGAAAUGUCAGCCAAAAUUCAUAGCACUGCAUCCACCCCCUCAACACACUUCCACUGAGGUCCUUACGAUUACAACGCAGCGCAAGUACAACUUAAUAGACGGGAAGCUGAGAGGGGGUGCACACGUAUGGAUACGAAUACUGGUUGCGGUUGCAGAGAACGUUGCACCGGAUAGCGUCAGUUGACGCUGCUAUCAUUAAAUCGAUCGCACGUGCAUAGUCACAGAAAGCCUGCAUACAUUAGGUCUAUCUCCCUCUGCUUACAGCAACUCGAUUGUAGUGGCUAAACAUUCAUGGAGUUCGGCUGCCAAGUUAUUCGUGGAAGCCUCGAAAAUAAAAGAACACAGGGGGUGAAGAUCCACUGAUUGUCUUUUUUAGUUUAUUAUUUUGUCAUCGGUGUUUCGCGUUGCAUUUCUGUGGUUGUAUGCGUAAAUUUUGUUUUUGGUUUGUAGUGCGAACUCGUGCGUUUGUGUGCGUGAUGUGUGUACAUGCAUGGCCGUGCGUCCGAUUGCGUGUGUACUGGAAUGUUUUUUUUUAUUAAUCUAGGUGCGUAAUCUGUUCUAGGAUAUUUAUAUAAGCUGUUUUUUUUAUUCCUCGCUUUAACAUUGUCGUGUGUUUUCCUAACAGCUUCUCUGUUUCUGUCUCUUUGUACCAUGGUUGUCUUAUCCUCAGCAAUCCCUAUCGUUUAAAUUGUGAAUCGGGAUAGCGAACCAACCGAAACACGGCCUGUAUGAGUUGUGACCAAAUGUCAAUAAACACGGCGAAAAAAACCCGGAAA